UGCAGGCGGUUUUGGAAUGUGUGCUCCAGAGACUUCACUUUCUUCCCCAAAGAGAAGAUUUUAUUUCAAAUAAAGCUGUUUACUUGGCACCUCUGGGCGACCCUUUUUGGAAGAGCCACAGCCAUGGGUGGCUUUGGAGUCUCACCUCGAAGGCACAAGUUCAUCCUACUCGUGCUCUUCCUUUUGCACAUUCAGAGUCUGGGUCUGGACAUGGAAAGUCAUCCUACCACCGAAGUCUGUGCCACUCACACCAUUUCACCAGGACCCAAAGGAGACGAUGGUGAAAAAGGAGAUCCAGGAGAGGAGGGAAAGCUUGGCAAAGUGGGACGCAUGGGGCCAAAAGGAAUUAAGGGAGAACUGGGUGAUAUGGGAGACCAAGGCAACAUUGGCAAGACUGGCCCCAUUGGCAAGAAGGGUGACAAAGGGGAAAAGGGUUUGCCUGGGAUUCCUGGAGGAAAAGGCAAAGCAGGUACUGUCUGUGAUUGUGGAAGGUACCGGAAAGUUGUUGGGCAACUGGACAUUAGUGUUGCUCGCCUCAAGACAUCUAUGAAGUUCGUCAAGAAUGUCAUAGCAGGGAUUAGGGAAACGGAUGAGAAAUUCUACUACAUCGUGCAGGAAGAGAAGAGCUACAGGGAAUCCCUGACCCACUGCCGGAUCCGGGGCGGAAUGCUAGCCAUGCCCAAGGACGAAGCUGCCAACACACUCAUCGCAGACUACGUAGCCAAGAGUGGCUUCUUCCGGGUCUUCAUCGGGGUGAAUGACCUUGAGAGGGAGGGACAGUAUGUGUUCACGGACAACACGCCACUGCAGAACUACAGCAACUGGAAGGAGGGGGAGCCCAGCGACCCCUAUGGUCAUGAGGACUGUGUGGAAAUGCUGAGCUCAGGCAGGUGGAAUGACACGGAGUGCCAUCUCACCAUGUACUUUGUCUGUGAGUUUGUCAAGAAGAAAAAGUAACUUCUCUCAUGCUACACAUUGGUUAUUCCCUGUGACUACCAUUGCUGUUCCUUUUAUCUAUCCUUUUCUCCCUAGUUAUGCUAAAUUUUUCUGACUCAGGACAAGUGGGAAAUGCUAAACUGAGGUUUGGAAUCUCCAUCGUCUUGUUCUUUGGUGACAGUUUUAAAGAUUUGCAUAUAUAGUAUAGUAUUGAGCCAACAGCUUACAUGGAUCUCAAAAGAGAGUUUGAAUUGUUAGUUGGCAUUUGCUCUGACCCCUCUCCCUAGAGCCCUAAUUGCUCUCUACCUGGCCCAGAAGAUAAUUGGGACAGUUGGUUGAUAAGGACUAGGAUAAUCUGUCAUUCCCAAAGUCAGACAUGUGGGAGGGUCUUAUGUUUUCUAGAAAUGCCAAGAUAUUAUUCAUCUUGGAAUCCAAGAUCCCUAGUUCUUUGAUCAGUCAUCACCAUAGCCAUCCACAUACUUGCAAGUCCCUCUUGUUCACACAAACAUAGGAACACUUCACCCCCAACCUCUAUAUGAAGAAUUUCUUGGCCAGUGACCUGUUCCAGGCCAUAUGGAAACACAGAGAACCUUUUUGUGCUUCUGACCUAUAAUUUUCAGUGAAGAGUAUCAGGUAGCUUCCCUGGCUCCCUUCCUUUAGGCCUGCAACUUAAUCCCAAACCCCCAGAUGAUUAACUCUCUGACUUGAGGAAAAGGGACCUUUAGAAAUUAAAAAGAAAAAAAAAAGAAGAGUGUUUGUUCCCAAACAAUAUGAUUUCUAAUCCUCCUGCUAAAUUGCCCCUUGCUACUAAUAUGGCUCCAUUUUUCCUUGUCUUAGGUUAACUCAUAUCAACUUUACUACCUUAGUCAUGGGGAACGAUGGAUGGGGUUUUUGAAGCCUUUGGAAAACUCUAGAAGCUUCCAAGUGCUACCAGCAUCAAGUCUCUAAUCCCCCUCCUCCCUAUAUCUAAUUUAUCACUCGGGGCAACAUUUGGUGGAAGGCCCUUUACUGCCAUAACUGCAUGUUGUAAAAUCCAGCGCAGAGAUGCCCUUUCUAGUACUCUCACAUCACAGGAAUGUCAGGCAUGGAGUUUGGAACAUGCCUAGGACUCACAUUUACUGAGCUGAUGAAGUUCUACUUUGAACUACAGAUCAAACUUCUGAGCAGCUUUCAUUUUGGAAUCUAAAAAUAAACAGUUCAACAAAACUCUAGAUUAUCCCCUUUUACAUUGCCGCUCCAGUUAUAGUUUGUGAUAUAUGAUCAGACUCUUUAAAAUGCUGGCAAAAUGGUUAAUGAACUUAGAGAAACAGAUCAACAACAUAUGUUCACCUUAAACCAUCUGUUCAUGAUUUCACCCAUGACUAACUGGUUAUGAGAUAGGAUUUAAUUAGGAUAUUUCUGUGGAUUUAACAAGGGUCACAAACUCAGGUAUUACAAGGGCCAUACAGAUGACAUAAAUAAAUGAGGUAGAACAGGUGGAAUCCUGGUACACUGAAAACAGCUUGCCCAUCUAAAGGAACCAGCUGUUUCUCGGUGGCUGCUAUUUUUGCCAUAGAGGACCCAAUGUCACUACAUGUUCUGAUAUUUCAAGAGAAAUCAGAGAUCUGGAAUUUAACUUUAUAUUUUUCAAAGUUGGCAUAUAGUCAAUUUUUAACCCAAAUGUUAAGCCAGACAAAACAGUCUGCUAGCCAAAAUCAUGACCUUUCCAUUUCUCACCCCUUGGGGAAAGUUCCAAAGAUUCUAACCAUAUUCAAUGUCAUUAGGAUACAGUGACAUCAAAGUUAAGAUUUCCCAUUGAUACCUCAUUCAGUUCAGCUCAAUCACAGGAAUUUCUUCAGUGUUUUCCACUCAUCAAGUUAAUAAACUAGUUACUUAUUCAGGCUUUGAGACUGUGACAUAUGAUAUUUUGAAGGCAGGCAGUUUAAUAAAAAUCACAAAGAGAACACCAUAUCAAAACCAAUAUCUUUGGGUCAAAUGUCAGCCAAGAACAUGAGGCACAAGACUCUAGAAACACUUGGAGGAAAAGAAAGGGGAAAAAAGAGAGAGAUAAUUUACCAAAAUUAUCAAAUUUACCAAAAAGAGAGAGAUAAUUUACCAAAAUUAUCAAAUUUACCAAAAAGAGAGAGAUAAUUUACCAAAAUUAAGUCAUUUGAGAGAAAAGCAGUAAACCUUGCCUAAAGAGCAGUAAACCUUGCCUAAGAUCUCCCCUGGAAUUCAUAUUCUAAUUUUGUCUGAGACCCUAAAGUAUGAAUAUUUGUUGUAUGUGUUACAAGUGCUAUUAUGAGCUCUAUUAUGAUUAUUAUAAUAAUAACAGCAUUUUUCCAUGGCUCAUCUUUGCUUCCAAUGCUUCCAAGAGAAGAUCACAGAGCUUCAAAGAAUAGGCUUCAUCCUUCCAUUUUGCCUAGAGGAAAUGUUUAAGGUACCACAGACUUAAUUAGACCUAUUAUGAAACUUGCUUUGUGCUUUACAAAAUAAACACCUUCACAUAUCAGAUAUCAUGUGAUUUUGAUAAACUUUGUGAUUACGAAGGGCAAACAUUUUUAUUUUUAUUCUUUAUUGUUUAAAGCAGUGGUUCUCAACCUUCUGGCCCUUUAAAUACAGUUCCUCAU